ACUGAGGAGUAUUGCUCUUUGUGGUAUGGAGAAUAUGAGGGCAACUUUAAAAGAGACAAACGGCAUGUUGGCUGCUCAUGGAACGAAAGAUUUGUCAGUAUCUCAAAUUACCGAAGAAAUAUUUAAGAAAUGUGGAGGUUAUGGCCUGUUUCAAAAGAAACUGACUCUUCUUGUUUUAAUCUAUAUGAUAAUUGAUGCCUACCAAUUUUUAACAAUGGCGUUUAUACGAGAGAAGGUUCCUUUUGCUUGUUAUCCUUCGAAUUUCAAUGAAUCCAUGAUCCCACUGAAUACCACUUUGGAUGAAUUCUUAAAUGAAGUAACGGUCAAAGAGGAGAAAUGUUCCGUGUAUAACCUGGAUACCAAAGAAGGAUUUUAUAUCCUUCCUACUGGUAAUUCCACAGAAGAACCGUGUAAUAAUGGUCGAAAGUUUUACAUUAAGGAUCGGUCGUCAAUUGUAUCUGAGUUCGAUUUGGUUUGUGAAAAAGAAUGGAUGAGAAACAUUGCCGUCUCUUCAUUGUUUGCCGGUCUUCUUCUUGGGCAUUUGUUGGUUGGCGUCUGUUCAGACAAAUUCGGUAGAUUUAAAACGUUUUUUGUUGGAGAAAUAAUUUACUCGUGUUUCAGUAUAGCGAAAAUACACUCACCAGAUUAUACCGUGUUCGUCGUUAUGUACUUUUUCGAAGGACUCGGACAGGCAGGAACUUACAUAAUCUUAUUCACCAUCUUGCUAGAAUGUGUGACUCAAAAUUACAAAAUGCGCUUGAAUUUUCUUAUGCAUGGAACCUUUGCUCUGGGAGAAAUACUUCUCGCUGGUGUGGCAUACGCACUUCGCAAAUGGCAACAUUUGUUGUAUGCUACUUGUAUUCCUCAUAUUGUGAUAUUCUUUACAAUAUCGAAAUUCCUUCCAGAAUCUCCUAGAUGGCUUCUUAAUAAAGGGAGGUUUACGGAAGCUGAAAAAUCCUUUAGUAAAAUCGCAAAAAUGAAUAAGAAAGACGAUGAAGAUGUAAUAGACCUGGUUCGGGAAUUUCAAAUGGAAGCAGAAAGGGAACACAAGCUUGAUGUAGAAGUUGUGGAAAAUAAGAAUCUAGGAAAUAAGAAAGGAUCUAAUAAAACCUACACAGCGAUUGACUUAUUAAAAAGACCUCGAAGAGCGAUGAUUACAACGAAUAUUUGGUUUAACUGGUUUGUUAACAGUAUGGUAUACUAUGGAGUAACACUAAAUUCUGUUGAUAUGUCAGGAGAUCGCUAUUUGAACUUUCUGCUUGUGUCAACAAUAGAAAUUCCAGCCAGUAUUCUUGGGUGUUUGAUGUUUAACUGGUUUGGUCAUCGUAAGCCGAUCGUUUUCUUCAUGGUAUUUGGUGGAAUUAACUGUAUUGUCUCAAACUUUCUGCCAAAAGGCAACUUCUGGUUUCCCUUGGUAUUAACUGUCCUCGGAAAGUUGGGUGCGACAGCAUCAUUUGACGGUGUUUAUCUCUUGUCAGCUGAACUCUUUCCAACAACAGUACGUAACAGCGGCUCAGGGGCAGGCUCUUCGUUUGCUAAAGUUGGUGCUAUCCUUUCGCCAAUUAUACUUGGCCUCUCUGUAUAUGGCUCUUGGGUACCUCUCAGUGUCUACGGAGUGUUCGGAAUUACUGCUGGAUUACUGAUCCUUUUACUUCCCGAAAUGAAGGAUGCUUGUUUACUUCAAACACUGGAAGACAUGGAUAAUCUGUAGAUUUGCUUUAUCUACAGAUUUGGUUGCAGGUGGAGUGAUGACAUUAAAAAUCUCCCCGAUUGGCACGAAAUUCGAUACGUUUUCACAUCCGAGCGACAAAGUACCGCAAUGGAUCAAAAUCAACGCAGAAUCUAAACACACAAAUAAAUUCACAAGAAGAAGAAGAAGAAGAUGAAGACUUUAAUGAACAUUUAAUCGAAGAAAAUGCCUCAGACGCUCAAAUAAGUUACCUUGAGUUUAGCGAAGACGUCGCCGACGACAAUCGCAGCAACGGCAAAAGCGAUUAGAGAAGCGACUUCUAUUCUAGUCAAAUGAUGCUGUCCAUACAUUUAGCAGUUGUGUGAAAACAAAUCGGUUCUUAAUACUAAAUAGAAAGAAUUUUGAACCUAACACAAUGACAAGUAAACCAUAUAAAUGGAAGAAUUUUGUAAAACCAGAUAGUAUUCCUUUGUUACAAAAUAAAACCCAGGAGAAGACAAGAAAAGAAAUAUGUACAUGACAUGACUCUCUCAUACAUGUUAUAAGAAUCAUAGUGUAGAUGGGGAGAAGUUAUAUCUUUAUAUAUAAAAGUCAAGUUGUGUGUCUGUCUCCUAAGAUUUAGAUUCCUAACUACUUCCACAUUUUGCGGUGCAGUUUAAC